AUGCCCUCUACUCACGACACCCUGAACGAUGCCAAAAAGAAAAAGGUCCAUGAAGGGCUGAAGAGCAAGCAACAAAAGAAGCAUAGAUGCGAUAGUGAACCCAAGUGUGCACCAUAUACUUUCUACACGGAUUUGACGGAUGCAAGGGAACACAUCUUCCUCACGAACGAAAAUCAGGUCUCACUCAAGAGGCCUCCGCCAAUGAAAAAUGACUGGUCCCAAAGGGACCCCAGCAAAUAUUGUCAGUACCACAAGGAUGGCCACACCAUGGCUGAGUGUACUCAUUUGAAAAUAGAAAUUGAGGAGCUUAUAUGGAGGGGGCACAUGGGCAUGUAUGUUAGAAGGGGGAACCCGAUACCCGAGGAGAGAACAGCCCUGCCACGAGCUCAGGAACGGGCCCCAAAGAUUCUAGGGGAAGUAAGAACAAUAUUUGGAGGCCUUGGUUUUGGAGGAGAUUCUAGAAAUGGAAGAGACCGAUACGCCCGAGAGGCCAGGAAAAGCCCACCUUUUUGCAUAAUGAGCUUAGAACAACGUCCCCCAACAAACUUUAAAGGGGAAAACGAUUCAAUAACUUUCACAGAGGAAGACACCUGGGACAUGUACUUCCCCCACAAAAAUCCCUUGGUUUUAACUAUCGAGCUAGUCAAUAUGAGAAUAUAUCAAGUUCUAGUGGACAAUGGUAGUUCAGUAGACAUCAUAUAUUGCCUAGCCUUAGAAAAGAUGGGCUUUGACAUCAGAAAUCAAAAACCAUGCAACACUUCUCUAUAUGGGUUCACUGGAGACUCUGUACAACCGUUAGGAACGAUCAAGUUAGCCCUCACCCUAGAAGAGCAACCCAGAAAAACCACUGUUAUGUCAAAUUUUGUCGUAGUUGAUUGUGCCUCAAUUUUUAAUGCGAUAUUAAGGAGACCCUCCAUCAGAGAAUCGAAAGUAGUGACCUUCGUCUAUCACCCAGCAGUUAAGCUCCCCACCGUGUGA